AAGAAUUAUGCGCUAUUCAAUUUCAUUUUCUAAUAAUUAUUCAUAUUUUCAAUUCGAAAAUAUUAUAUAAGAUAAUAAUAAAAAAAAGUCUAUUUUUAGACUUUUAUAUGCAUUUACAUGCAGGUUCUAUAUACUUAUCUACAGAGAUCUCGGGACAACUAGCUUAGUCAUUUCAUUGUUAUUAUCCAAAUCUAUAGUUUAUGUAGAUUAUAUAAUCCUUCAAAAAAGGAAAACAAAUAAACCUUUCUCCUCCCCCCCUCAUCUAAUUAUAAUUCCAACACAAUUGACUACUCUCUAUUCUAACGCCUCCUAGUAGUCUAUUGUUAUAUAAUUUGCAGAAGUUUUCGUGCUGCCAGUGAACGCUUCCUUGUUCAUUUCUGUUUAAACUUUUUCUUCGAUUUUUUAACAAGAUGGUUCGAAGAGAACCUGAAUUUAGAAAACUGCUUUUUCAGACUGGAUUAGGAGGAAUAAGGAGCGAUAAAAGUUUGGAAUUAAGAAUACAAGAGAUUGGUAAUAAAACUUAUCUUGCUUCUUUCCAAACUGGUUCGAAUUUAACUAAUGAUGUAUAUCGGAAGAACGAAGAUGCUGUUGGAGCUUUAUAUUAUGUUUGUGUGGUCGUUGUCAUUUACGGAUUUGGUAUUAUAAUGAUGAUUGGAUCAGUUAUUAAUAAAGGCAAACAUGAUAAAUCUAUAUACAAAUAUAUUGCUGAUCUGGAUAAUUUGAAAAGGCUGGAAAAGAGGGAAGAGAAGUUUAAAACUCGCCUUCUCAUGCAAAAGAGAAGAAUCCCGUUUAGGCCUACGUCAUCAACAUCCCAAGCGAUAUUACCGAUUAAGAAAGAAGGCGGGAAGAAAAACCCUUGGGAGGAUAUCGCUUCUGGCUCACCAUCGAAAAAAAAGGAAAAUAGUGAGCGUCAAUGUACACCCGUCACUUGUUCGACGAGCGCUGAGGAGAAAAUUGGCCAACUGGACAAGAAAAGAGAUGACCCUUUUACCAUACAAAUAGAAGAUGAUGCGGAAACCGAGGAGAAUAGUUAUGGAGCAAACUUCUCAGGACUAGUAGCCGUUAAAGAAGAGGACGAUGAUGAGUACGACUAUGUUUAAACUAUUUAAGAAAAGGGAAUAAUUUAUUUCAGGUCAAAGCAUUAUUAGUUGAAUGAAUUUGUUUUUUAAUUAAAUUAGGUAACAAAUUAACUUAAUUUAAUACUCAUAAAGUGAUAGGAGAGAUUUUUUCUAACUAAUUGUGUUCUUAUUAAAGUCUCAAAACAUCAAUAUUCAUGAUUUAUUGUCUAAAAUAGAAAAGAAAAAAAAUUAUAGCUCAUCCCGAACGCCAUCUAGUAUCCAAACAUUUGUAAAAUAUCUAAAGUUUAUGGUGUUUCCCCAUAAACGUCUAUUUCAGUAUCGGAAGCUGCAUCAUUUAACUCUAAAACUACAGUUGACGAAGGACAUUCAUCAAUUGAUGUUGUUCGAAUUUCUAUAUUUUCACGUUGGCGAGGCGAUAUAAAGCAUGUUUCUUCCGUUUGUUCAUCUAAAUCUUCAAAACUUGAAAGCUGGUUUGGUUCUGAUAAAGCUACUCUUGCAUUUUUAACAACUCUUCCAUCAGUCCCUCGAAAUUCAGCUAAUUUAUUCGUCGUAUUCAACUGAAAAGCAACAAAAAAAACAAAAUUUAAUGAAUAUUCCCGAAUAGAGAGAUUUGUUUCAAUUGAUGAAAAUAAAGAUAAUCUUACAAGUUGUAAUUGCCUCUCUCUCUUUCUAACGAAUGCCAUCUCCUUUAGAUAAACAUUUAGCUUUCUAUCAAUCUUAUUUUUACGAAUGUGGGAUGCAAUCAUCAUAAUCAUUGAACAGGCGUAUAGCAAAAUAACAACAACAACGUAGUAGAGAGCUCCGACGUCGUCAUGUUCCUCAUUCUUUUUUUUGUUGAUGAAUUUAGCGACGAAGGUAGAAUUCCCUCUUGGUUCUAUUUCGAAUUCUAUCAUAGAAAAGGCCUUAUGCGGCGAUAUCGGGACUGAAAAAAGUGAUGCAGAAAAAAGGGCUCAUAAAAGGGUGUAAUUUCAUUACUUUACACAGCUUAUUAACAUCCUUUAGCUAAAUAAAUUUAAUCAGCCUAUCUUUUUACAACCAAACAGAAAGUUCUAUUUGCAAAUUUUUAACUUAGGUCUUAAAAAAAACAACUAAUUUAAACCUGAAAACGCUCCCGCCGUUCUCUUCCAGAAUCUAAUAUAAAACUAAACAUAAGAUAACUUUAUAUAGCUGUAGAAAACACGUAAACUAUGCCAAUAGGAAUACAUUUCUGUUUUCACGUUCAGAUUGUUUCUUACAGUUUUUGUAAUUUACUUAAAAUCUAUUCACAUUUUCCUCAAAUCAUAUUAGAGAGUCUUUUAAGAUACUUUUACCAGAGAGAUGCUUAUUUAUUAGCCUUAGUUAAACUCACUUUUCCCUACUAUGUUAUACGUUUUAGUAUACUUGUUAUUUGUGUCGUCGAGAUAGAUUUUCUAUCCUCUUAUAGAAGAGAAACUUGGUCAAUUUGUCCCAAAGUUUAUAAUGUAUUGUAUUUUACUAUUUGAAGGGCAAACUAUGAAAAUACAUUAAAUUGCACCUUACCUGGAAAGUUGUUUGAUAUUUAAAAUAGACUUUAUUGCUAUCGACUAUAUAGAUUUGCAAGAAGAGUAAAUUGAGAGAGGAAAGCAGAUUGUCUUUCCUGGAUAUGAAAGCCAGAUGACGUAACCUUACAAGGCUAUUUAUAGAGGUUAUCCACCUAAUACAGCGUCUAUAUAGUCUACUCUAAAGGCGUUCUCUAGAUACAAACUAUUUUGUAUUCCCUUCAACAAAAACAUUUUUCUAAUUUAAUUUUUCUUUUAUCGAUAAAUAAAUGAAAUAAAAUAUAAGAUAAAAAAUAACACUAUGACAAACUAACCUGUAAACAAA